GCUGCUUUUAAUAAUUAUAAAACAAAUGGAUAUCAGUUCUAAUAUCAUCAAGUAUUGGUAACGCCCUGCCUUCUCUGUUUCCCUGAGAUCACAUGAUCACCUGAGGUGGCGUUUGGCUCCAUCUGCACAAUUAUCUUAAUAAUCACUUAUAGUCUUAUACUUGUAGUGUGUGAUGCGCUGUUGUUCUCAAAUCUACAGUGUGUCCACGUUAGAGGAUAGAAGAACACCUGUGAAUUUUCUGCUUAGAGAUAUGAUGCAGUCAUAUUUCAAAAUCGGCUGAGAUUUGUUUUUGAGCAGAGGAUAAUUUCGUAACCUGCUCAGUGCCGGUUCAUCCACGCAUCAGAUCUGAGUCCAACAUCGUCCCUCUGUCGACUUGGACUGAACCGCCGCAACGAUCAGAACCUGCUUUUUCCUGGAGCAAACCAUUUGACUACCGUGGCACGGGGGUGGUCGCGUGGUUAAAACACCACAGGAAACGCGGAGAGCAUCGUCAGACUUAAAACCAUGCCUGUACUGUUGAGUUCCGCUUAGAUGACAUUAGGGUCUCGCGAAGCUGUUACAUGUGGAGCUCACAACUCAGAGGGGUGUUUAUGUUUCACUUCCACAAACAGUGAUGGCCAACAAAAUGCCUCCCCAGCAAGCAGAUGCAUUGCUGUUCCACCAAGGGAGCCUCCCUAACGGGAAAGAGGCCAUCAAGGACGACGGGCUACGUGCCAGGGGACAGUGGGCCAGCAAGGCUGAGUUCCUGCUGGCCGUUGCGGGACAGAUCAUCGGCCUGGGCAACGUCUGGAGGUUCCCUUACCUCUGCUACAAGAAUGGAGGAGGUGUGUUCUUUGUACCUUACCUGUUGUUCCUGGUGCUGUGUGGCAUCCCUCUGUUCCUCCUGGAGACCUCCCUGGGUCAGUACACCAGCCUGGGUGGAGUCAGCGCCUGGAGGACUAUCUGCCCAUUGUUUGGAGGUCUCGGCUACGCCAGCCAGGUGAUCAUCCUGCACGGCUGCGUGUACUACAUCGUCAUCCUGGCCUGGGCGCUCUUCUACCUGUGCUACAGCUUUCAGGCGGAGCUGCCCUGGUCGCACUGUAACAACACAUGGAACACUGCGGCGUGUGUGCUGUUCGACCACCACAACCAGACAGCCAAUGGGAGCAGCUUGCCUGAAAAUGCCACUUCUCCUGUCAUGGAGUUUUGGGAGCGGGAGGUGCUCCAUCUCUCUAGCAAUUUGGACGAGCUGGGUCCAAUCAGCUGGAAGCUGGCUCUGUGUCUUGCCCUCAUCUGGCUCAUCUGUUACUUCUGUGUCUGGAAGGGAGUCAAGUCCACCGGAAAGGUGGUGUACCUCACAGCCACCUUCCCAUAUGUCAUGCUGUUUGUGCUGCUGGUGCGCGGUGUCACCCUGCCUGGAGCCACCCAGGGCAUCAUCUUCUACCUCAAACCUAACCACACCCGCCUGGCAGACCCACAGGUAUGGAUGGAUGCAGGUACCCAGAUAUUUUUCUCUUAUGGGAUCUGUUUGGGGAGUCUCACGGCCCUCGGGAGUUAUAACAAAUACAACAAUAACUGCUAUAAGGACUCAUUCCUCCUGUGCCUCCUGAACAGCAGCACCAGUUUCCUGGCAGGUUUUGCCAUCUUCUCGGUGCUGGGCUUCAUGGCUGAAGAGCAGGGCGUGGACAUAUCCACCGUGGCCCAGUCAGGGCCUGGCCUUGCCUUCAUCGCCUACCCGAGAGCUGUAGCCAUGAUGCCUGUACCCCAACUCUGGGCUGUCUGCUUCUUCAUCAUGAUCAUCAUGCUGGGCUUGGACACACAGUUUGUGAGUCUGGAGGCCCUGAUGACGUCGGUGACUGACCUGUACCCUCACCUGAUCAGACGAGGCCACCGCAGGGAGCUGCUGCUGCUGUUUGUCUGUGUCGUCUGCUUCCUGGUAGGGCUGGUCAUGGUCACACCGAGUGGUCUGUAUGUCUUCCAGAUCUAUGACCAUUUCUCCUGCAGUGGAGCCAGCCUGUUGCUUCUCUCCAUCUGCCAGUCUGUGGCCAUCGGCUGGAUUUACGGAGCCGAGCGCUUCAGUGCCAACAUCAGGGAUAUGACCGGCCGCAACCCCCUGGUUCUCUUCAAGCUCUGCUGGAAAUACUUGACCCCAGCUGUGUGCACUGCUACCUUUAUGUUUUCUCUGAUGCACUGGUCUCCACUGAGCCUGGGAAAGGGCCUGGUCGCUCCACCCUGGGCCACCUCGCUGGGCUGGCUCCUUACUUUCUCCUCCGUCUCCCUGCUUCCCAUCUGGGCCAUCUACGCCUUGGCCACCACCCCAGGAAGUCUGCCACAGCGCUUCCGACGUCUAUGCAGCCCCACCAAAAACCCCAGACUGACCCCCACCAACAACUCAGCGCCCUCCUACAGCUCUGGAAUGUCCCUGACUGAGAAGCCAGUGGAUAUGAUCACAGAGGCCAUCUAGGAUCAUAUGACCUGAUAAUGGUCGGUAAUGAUGUAACACUGGAUGCUGGUCAUCCGAUCGGGUGUGGCGAAGGGGAUGGGUCAGGGUUAGAUUAAACGCUGCUGGGUUCCAAUUGUAGGGCCGGAUUGCUCGUUAGUCCACAUUUCUAGACCAAAUGCGUCAUGAGUAAUCGCACUUUCAGCUCACAAGAUCCUUCAGUGAUCCGUUGAUUAAUGGAGCGUUCAGGUAGUCACCGUCAAUACCACAAACAGCUUACUUCACCCUUAAGACCUGCCCCACUUCCUGUUACCAGCUGCCAGAGUUCAUUAUCCUUAAGCAACUCGCACUCCUCCAUCUUGAGAACUGUAUCUCUUUAGAAUACAGUUAUGCGACAAUUGAAUCACUGAUUAAAUGAUAACGUUUAUGUGUUCUUUUUCAGUUUUCUUUUUUUUUUUUUCAGCAUUACAGAGCAGCUUUACCUCUUUACUCUCUAUGAGAGAUCACUGCUUCUGUCAGCACGUGCGCUCGGCUUUGACUCUCUGCUGAAUAUUUCUGGUAAUCAUCUGACUCUGUGAGUCGGACGUGUUUUCUACAGUAAUUUGUCUCGUUGUAUGUGCUGCACCCUCUGUGAUGUCCACAUCAGGGCCACGGCGCUCAUCGAUGUGAGCGUAGUGCAUCAUGGCCCUUACUCCCAGACCAAGUGGUGCUAAGAGAGGUGCAGUAGCCACAUGCAUGUUUUUGUACUGUUGAUACAAGAAGUGCUUAACUUGGUGUCAUGUUUACACUGACAAGAUGAUUGGAAAUGUUUUCAUCCGAUCUACACAUCUGUCUUUUUUUUUUUCUUCUUCUUUAUUUUUUUUCUUUUGGGCAUUAAAGUUGUUUGUACUUUAUAUUUAGUUGUUGCUACCAAAUGCAUAAAUGUAGUUUCAACAAAAUAUAAGCCGUUAUUAGAAUGUCUUUGCACUGUACCAAAAAUAACUAGCAACUAACAUGCAGUCAUAGUACCUAUAUGAAUACUAUAUUACAAUAUUGCUGCUCCUGUGUCGACACAACGGAAAUGUUUUUUAAAAAAUGUUUAACUUAAAAUGUUUAAGUAGGUUUUAAAUAAGAAAGUAAGUGUGAAAUCCCUUACGUCACUCCAGUGUGAUUCUCUUUGAAGAGGACAUGGCAACAUCUUUAACUAUAACGUGUAGAAAAUCAGAAGUGACAAAUGAGGUGUUUGGUUUUUUUUUUUUUUAGAUUACAUUAUGCCAAGUGUAAGCAAUCAUCGGUUUUAUAGUUAUUAUAAUUAGGAUCAUUUUGUAUCUUUCUCUAGUUUACAGUAAUUGGCCCUUUUUGUGGUAAUAUUUUUGGUUCUUUUCAUACAUUUCUCAAGUGGGUCACUGCAGACUUUUAAAAUAUCAGACGGUAAAUGUGUUUUGAAUGAUUUACUUUUUUUUCAUUGUGUGGAUGGGAUUUAGUCCGUGAAACCUUUAACUUACUGUACUCUGAGUCAAGGACGGGCUGUCCUCUUCACUGGGAGAACGUAUAAAGUGGUGAGCGCGGUGUGUUGAAUAAUGCAAACUUGAAACUGCAUGCAGUGUCAUUGAAAACUUGGAUCGGGUUCUUGAUUUUCCUCAAAUGCUCCUCUGAGAUUAAUUUAAAGAGAAGCAAAUUGCUGAACCCAUCUGGCAUCUUUAGACGUGCAAGCGUGUUAUCUUUUCCGUUUGCAGGUGUAUAAAUGUGCCUUUUUGUUUUUGUAUGGUUUCUAUUCUUUUUGAAGUUUUAAAUAUAUAGUGGAUUAAAGAAAAAGUUUGUUGA